CUAGCUACUAACCAACAUGGAGGUCGAAAAAAGUUCGAAAGAAAUAAGGAAUUAUUUCGGGCGGUUUUGGGACUAAAAUGCCACGUAAGAGUCGCAGUACAGAUAAUAAUCCAUAUGAUGCUUUGCAAAGUUCUUGGGAUACUCCGUACUGCCGACAAUUUUUACAACUUACAAGACACAUUAUCGACAUACCAAAGUUUAGCAUACAAGAGUUUGAAUUUGCGCUGAAAGAGUUUGACGAUAUCCUUAUAAACUAUAUAUUCACACAACUUCUACGAUUUUUAGAUGAGGUGAAAUCACCUAUACUACUAUCCAACUUUGACAUUGUGCUGGGAGAGCUCCUAGCUAAAGAGAACCCGCGUAAUAACCAGCUUCAUCGUUGCAAGUUCAAACAUCUUCGUGGCGAUGAAAAGGUCCAGAUUUUAAGAUGGCUUGUAGAUUAUGUGUUUGACAAAAAGGCUGAUGAACUUGAAGAAUAUUUUGACGAUAAUUUCCAUCCAAAUGACCUUAGAGCCAUCAAUGUGGGCCAAGAUGCCUUCAACAAUACAUACUGGUACUUUGAUGAUUUGAGACUAUAUAAAGAAGCGGGUUCCAAAAAAUCAGGUAAAAAGGACUUUGAGACUAUUUGCAUCACGCUUCCAGAUUGGCAAACAUUCGUGAAACAAUUCCGAAAAACCUCGAACGUGAACGAAAAACUCUUGCAUGAUUACUUGACAACUGAAUUAUUUCCAUUGGUCUCUGCCAAGUUAGAGGCGGAGUUUCUCUACCCAGAGACUGAAAAUCUGGAAAUCAGUCGAGACACCAUUUUGAAACGUGAAGCGGUGAAUAAUCCGGAAAUGUUAAAUGAUUCCUCUAAAAUUAUGGCAAGUAGCGAUGUAGAAGUUUCCAACGAAGUGAAGAAAGAAGUUAAAAGUGAACCAAAUGUAAAUGUGAAAAACGAGAGCUCGAGCGUGGAAUCUCAAGAUACAAUAAUUAACGGUAAUACGCCAAAAACUGAGACUGAAGAAGCAAAGCCUGAAAUUAAAUCAGAAGUAAAACAAGAAUCUAACCCGGGAGAUAUAUAUAGUGCGGAGAAUAUAGACAGUACCGAAACCCCAAACGGACUGCAUCCUCAGCCACCGUUGCUACAGCAACCAGCCGCUGCCCAGCCACAGACGAGCACAUCGGACUCUCAUUACAUGCAACAGCAUAGCCAAAUAUUUGUGUAUUCAACUGGGCUUGCAAAUAAGGCAUCUGAAUCAGUGUUAAACGGGACACAUAAAUCUAUAAUUGAAUACCACUGUGAACAACCAGGCACUAAGAAGUUUCUACAGAAACAUCCACUGAAAGUGUCACAGUUUAAUCGGCCAGCAGGUCUACCUAAUUACAAUAUGGCUAAUGUUCGUGGGCCAACGACAAAUAGGACAUCACAAGGCAUGAUGGGAAGCAAUGGCAAUGGAAAUCAAAGUGUCGCUCAGUGGGUCGAGCAACAAAACGCGAACCUACAACAAACUGGAAUGAACAAUAUGACAGGAAACAAUAUGGCCACAAAUCAGGGAAUGGGAAAUGUUGGUGGAUUUGACCCGAGUAAUCCUAUGGGUGAACAGACUAUGGGCCAAAAUCCAAUUGGAAAUAUGCCUUCGAACAUGCCUCCCAAUUAUGGAGGAAUGGGAAAUAUGCCUCCAAACAGUAUGUCCAAUAUACCUCCAAAUAGUAUGGGCAAUAUGCCGCCAAACUCUAUGGGCAAUAUGCCACCAAAUAUGCCACCGAACUCUAUGGGCAAUGUGCCACCAAGUACAAUGGGCAAUAUGCCACCAAAUACAAUGGGAAAUAUGCUGCCAAGUACAAUGGGUAAUAUGCCCCAGAGCUCUAAUUCAAUGGGCAAUGGAGCCCCAAAUGCUCCACCAAGUACUAUGGGCAAUAUGCCUCCACAGAGUAUGGGGAAUUUACCACCACAAAGUAUGGGCAAUAUGCCUCCGACAAGUGCUCCCGGGACUAUGCCUCCAGGCCCCAAUCCCAGAAUGCCCCCAAAUGGCGCAGAUCCAAAUAUGGCCAUGCCUGGCAGGUGGAACAAUGAUCAAAUGAUGAGUGCGGCCGCAAAUCUUAUGGAUAUGCAAGAAGGCUCUGGAGAUAUUCAGACAUCACGGAUACCAAAUGAAAACCUUACACCAGAGCAGUUACAACGGCGGGAGGAAUCUCUGGCAAACCUUCGUAAAAUCCAACAAAUGCUCUUCCCGGAAAAAGAGGGUGGCAGCGGGCCUCCUGGGAGUAUGCCGAGCCAGAAUGGACCUCCAGGACCAGGGGGUAUGCCACCCCAGGGGCCUAACAUGAUGCAGGGACCAGGGGGAGGGGGUGGCCCUCCUGAUGGAAUGUUUAAUAUGAUGAACCCCCAGCAACAAAUGAUGAGCCCGCAUGGACCCUCACCUAACAUGAUGAUGGGCCAACAGCCAAUGGGUCCAGGGGGUCCCCCCAUGAGUCAAGGAGGUCCGCCUAUGACCCAAGGUGGUCCAUCAAUGGGACCCGGAGGCCCUCCUAUGGGUCCAGGUGGUCCCCCUAUGGGUCCAGGUGGUCCAAUGGGUCCAGGUCCCCCACACAAUAUGAUGUCCCCCCAACCAAAUAUGAUGAUGACUCCCUAUGGCAUUGACCCCCAGAACAUGACCCCUGCCCAGAGAGACUGGAUGAAGCUUCAGCAGGAGUACUACACUGAUAAACAAAGGGUCCGGCAGCAGCAGAUGAUGCAAAUGCAACAUAUGAAUCCCGGGGGAGAUCCCUUUUGUCCCCCAGGUGGACCUAACCCCAUGCAAGGCCCCCCUCCUCCAUAUUUCAACAACAUGGGGGGUCGUAGGGCUAGCAUGACUGGCACACCUACCUCGCCUAAUACAAAUGGACCUAUGCCCUCUCCACAUAUAUCAUCAGGACAUCCCUCCCCUAGUCCUGGAGGGCCACAAUUUGACUUCCCUGGCCCUAGGCAUCCAGGUUUCCCUAGCCCUAAUCACCCGGUCAUGUCACCAGGGAUGCCAGGAGGUAUGGACCCUAGCAUGAUGGGCCCUGGGGGUAUGCCCAUGGGGCCAGGAGGUAUGCCCAUGGGGCCAGGAAUGGGACCUGGCAUGAACAUGGGAAUGGGACCCGGAAUGCCACACCAACCAACAAGAGGAAGGGGAAAAAAUUCCCGUGCAAAAACACCAGCAAUUGUACAACGAGCUGGCAACCCUGAACCUCUUACACCAGAAAUAAUAAACAAUUUAACAGGUCCCAAUAAACCACCCCCUAGUUACGCUCAAUCAACCAAACGGAAGCGAGAAAAUGGCAUUGAUGAAGCCAAUAAAAAACUGCAACCCACUCCCUCACCACAACAAAUGAACUAUAUGAAUGUAUAUGAGGGUCAGGAAUUGACUAUUACAAAACAGAUGAACUCUGCCUUUCAGGACUCCCCGCAGGGGGCACCAACUGGAACUACCCGCACCACAUCAUUGAAUUCCCCAAUGCCGACCUCUGUGGGGUCACCCAUGACAGCCCCAGGAUCAAAUAAAGCAACAUCCAUAAAAUCACCCCUUCCCCCUCCAGCUCCAUCCCCUGCUCAACAAAAACCAGCUCCCUCCCCAUCACCUAUCCCCACCCCAUCUCCUGCCCAACAGAUGCCACCACCAUCACCCAUCCAGAAGCCAGCGACCCCAUCUACCCCUGGCCCCCAGGUCCCAAAGUCUCCAUUACCUGUUUCUAGCACUACUACCACAGGUACUACUGUAGUUACAACUUCAACAAUCACAACAUCAGCCCCAAACUCUAGCGUAACCACGACAACUAGCUCAAUAGGGGUCAAAUCACCCCUACCCCAGCAAGCCAAACAACCAACCCAUGGGACUCACCCUGCUCUAAGCACGGCACCUGGUUCUGGAGCACCUCCCUCACCAGGCCAACGUCUGUCUCAUUUUGACCCCCCAGGGAGUAAAAACAAUGCAAAUAAGGCAAACUUGACAUCAAACAUUACCUCAGCGAGCUUGGCCAAUUUGGCAAAAGGCGUAGAACAUUUAUCCAAUCAGAUGCAACAGAGCAUGCUUCAAGGGGGACCAUUCCAUAAUAUACAGAUUCAGGGUCAGAUCUCGGAGAAUGAACAAAUGCCCCCAAAUAGUAUCCCUCCUCAUUCGAGUAUCCCCCCAAGUGGGCCCCCAAGUGUUAAUAAUACCUACGUGAACGCUACAAUGUCUAUACAGCAGUUGAAUAUACAAAGUGUGAAUAACCCAGGAGGAAUGAGUAAUCCUGCUAUGCAGGUCCAGCAAAUGAACAAUGACAUAGCGGGUGGUACCGGACCUGGAGGUGGUAUGAAUGAGCCUCUUCCUGGUCCUGCCACUGCCCAGGCAAGCCAGAUGAUGGCUGGAGGCCCCCUCCCUACUAACACUAGUAUGUCAAUGUCUCAGGCCCAAAUGAUGAACAUGGGGGGAAGCAUACCAGGCAUGGACACUCAUGGUAUGCAAAGAUUUCCAAGUGGCCCCCAAAGUGGGCCUCCUCAGAGUCCAUUCGGACAGUAUCCAAAUCCCCAGGAGGGCCCCCAAUUUAAUCCACAACAGCAGUAUUCUCAGUUCCCAGGUGAUCCAAAUAUGCCUGGUAUGCCUGGCUCUAAACAGUUCCCAGGGGGGCCACAUCCAGGUGGACCACACCCAGGAGGCCCUCAUCCAGCAGGACCACAUCCAGGAGGGCCUCAUCCAGGUGGGCCACAGUAUGGUCCUGGGGGGCAACCAGGGGGCCCAACUCCUACAUCUCAACCAAGUCCAUUUCCAGUGCCGGCUACCCCCGGACAGAGGUUCGGAUCCCCUGAGGUACCACCUCAAAGUGUAACACCAGAUCUAAUGUCCAUGGGUCCAGUUGGAAGUCCGCCAUUUAGAGGUCCCAACCCUGGGGGCCCAGGUGGGGCACCCCCAGGUAAAGGCCGCAGCUCAGGAGUACAUGUUCAAGCCAAGGCACCAAACACAAUAGGAUACAUGCCUAACCAAGGGGGACCUCCUAUGCCUCAGCAAGUCUCAGACCCUGUCAAUGUUCGACCAGAAAUGGAAAUGAUGAGUAGAUAUGCAACACCAAUGAAGGAUCUAGAAUCAAAAUUGCCAACUAAAAAACUCCAGUAUUUCCCAAAUGCAAAUGAUUCUCAAAACCAUCAUGGGGAAAUACCUGGUAUGAGAAUGGCACAGAUGCAAGCCAUGACACGUCGUGAAAUGAUGGGCCCUGGUGGACCAAUGCCCAGAUUUCCAGGGGCUCCAGGUCCCCCUGGGGAGAUGGCAGGUAUGAUGCCCCGUCACCCAAUGAACAGUAUGGAGAUGAUGCAACAGCAGUCAAUGAUGAUGGCGGGCAAUCGUGGCCCGAUGUCUUCUAUGCAGUAUAGUGGGCCACCCGGACCCCCUGGGGGACCUAUGAUGCAAGGCAGUCAACAUAUACAAAUACAGGGUCAGAAUAUAACAAUGCAAGGUCAAGGACCUAUGCCCCCUUUAAAUCAUCCUAUGAACCCAUCUCAGCUUGCCCAAAUGCGUAGUAUGGAUCCCCAAAUGCGUCAAAUGGGCCCAGAUUCUCAAAUGCGCGGAGGUGGUAUGCCAGGUGUUCCUGAUCCACGUAUGAUGAACUCUGGUGGCCCACCUGUGGGAGGCUCUGCUGGCAGUUAUGGAAAUGAUCCUGGAUUUAAUGCCACGUUUCAACAACAACAAAUGUAUGCUCAGAAUACAGCUCGCCAAAUGGGACCACAGGGAAUGAGUGGUGGCGGUAAUCCAAACUAUAUGAUGUAACAAUGCCCAAAUUCUGUCAUAAACCUCGUAGGAAAUACACCACCCGAAAUGGAAAAUUACCAAGAAAUCCUGAAGAUUUCUGUGACCUCAUUGAUAAAGAACUGAGGUUGAGGUGACCCAUAAUUGUGGUUUGUGAAUGGAGAACAAGGCUGCUGAUAGACACACACUGAAUGCUCCCAUAUGUACUGUAUGACUAUUGUAAAAAUGUAUGCUCCCUAAGCUUCUAGACUACAUAUGGCUUUAUUGGGGUUUCUUGAAUAUUGAGACAUUCAAAUAUUUCAUUCAAAGAAGAAAGUGUGACGCAUGCCAAUUUAGAGAAAUAUCAUAACUACUUUCGGUUUACAAGAGAGGAAUUAGUGAGGAAUAUCAGAUGAACAUGAACAUGAAAUAUUGAACAAUCCAUUGUAAGGAAAUUGAUUAUCCUUUUUUAAUCUGCUCAGUCGUAAACAUAGCUUUGUAUAGAUGUCACUCAAAGCAUGUUUUCACUUUAUCUCCUGCUUGUUCCUCUCAUGUAGUUUGGAUCUCUGGGCUAUUUAUAAAUGAAUGGGCAAAAACUUUGAGAUGAGUGUACAUUUAUAAAAAUGAGUGUUAAACGCUAACUUUGAUAUGGAUUAGAUUCAGAAGACAUCAAAAGUUGAGUGUCAUGAACAGGUCCGAGAUGAAUAAAAAGAAUCAGGAGUGAAUAUCAUUGAUGAAUAUAAUUGGUGCACUUAGGUUGCAUUAGGUUGUGAAACCGACAUAUUGUAUAUAAAUAACACUACAGGAUGAUGUAAACGUAGUAAAUAACCCUAGUAAAAUGUAGUAUUUUUACUACAUAAUAUUGUACUAUAAAUAAUAUUUAAUUUUUGUAGAAAUUACAUAUUUUAACAAUGUACAUGUAUAGUAGAAAAAGUAGGACAUUUUGAAUUUCUAUGCAUCUAUAUAACAACAGUUUGUAGAAAAUUGAUUCAAACAGUACAUAUGAAUACGGAUCAAUCCAUCAUGUAUAUUAAAUCUCAAAAAUUGUCUAUUUUUGGUUUAACAUUGAAAUAAAUAGAUAAGUGUCCAUUUGUCAUAGAACCAAUAGAUAUCAUGCAAUUCAAUGUUGGCUUCAAUAUUUUUGGUUACAUUUCAAGCAUAUUUGCCCUGUGAAAAGCAUGUUUUGACGGUUAAUACUGGUAUCUACUUAUUAUAGCAUUGCGAAAGUAUUAUCACUGGUAUUAAUACAGAAACAAAGACCAACUUUUUGUAUUAAAAGCAUCUAAAGACCCUGGGGCCAGUUUAUUGAAUAUAUCCUAGAAAAAAUGGUUCCAACAGUUAUAUUUUAUUGUAUGCUAAGAUAUAUUCUGAAAACUGACCCCUGAUAUUCUGAGGUAGAAUUGAAUAAUUAUAUAUAUUAUUUGUCCCAGAAACUGGUCCCUGAUAAUUGAAGUAGAAUUACUGAAUUAAAGUUACUUAGUUAAGAGUUAUAUCAUGUGGUCACUUUCCUGUUCAGGAACCAUUAAUUUUUAUUAUCACAUCUAACAGAUAGAUAGAUAUCUGCUUUGCAUAAACGCUGAAAGACAUAAUCUUUUAAUUUAUUAGAGUGCAGAAUCACUGAGUAACUCACUAUAUGAUUGAUAUAGUGUCAUUUGACUUAUUUACUAGGACAUAUUUGUAUGUGGAAAAACUUAACAUGCCACAUGUUUUCAAAUGUUCAUGAAAAUAUAUAUGUAUCCAUACAUGAACAUUGAUAUUAGGAAAAACAUGGUCUAAUGAUUAUAUCUUUUGGAAUAUGAAAAUACUGAAAAGGGCCUAAACGUCUUUAGCAUAAAUGAUUGGGAGAGUGUGAUGUAUCUAUGAUGUUACAUUGCCUGUGUGUCAGUGUUUAAUCAUCUAGCUGUUGCUAACGUGCUAUGGUUUGUAGGUCCUGGAUGUGAAGACUAACAUCAUUAUAUUAAAUAAUCAAGGAUAACCCUCUCCCAUACUGUUUCUAGGAAAAUUUAGAAAGGGUAGGGGGAUAAAAUCCUUGAUUUUUGGGAGGUGACAAGAACGUAAAGAAUAUUUCGUAAUCCUAGAAAUUAUUUGAAGAAUUCCAUUACUAAAGAGACUUUCUUCCAAUAUUAACCAUAAUGUUGUUUUCUUAUUGAGAUAUUCGUUAUGUUUAUGCAGGCGAGAUACUUUACCUGAAAUGAGCAAUUGAAUAAAUGUACUUGAAUAUUUAGAAAAUAAUGUACAACUAAAAAUGUAAUAAUGACAGCUGCUAUCUAUUCACUAGUAAUAUGAUAUUACAUACAGAGUAGUAUGUAGACGCAGCAAACUUGAAACAGUGAAAUCCUUUAAACCAUGAAUCUAUAGAUUCAUAUUUUUUUGAAUUUGAACACUGAAUUGACAUGUAUUUAAAUUGAAUAUGAAUAAUUUGGUGUUACAAGGUACAGUAGUAAACCUACUGUUUUGAGUAUUGCAUUGGGGGUUACUUUUUGGUAAACUCACAAUGUCUCUGAUUUCUGUCUUCAAGCAUUCAGUGACAUCUAUAUUAGUGCAUAAAAUGUUCAGGAAUUCAAACGCAGCCGUCUUCUCACGUUGAAUCAUUACAAUAUUAUCAAAGCUUACAUCAUUUAUUUCAAUUAUCAAAUGAAUAAUUUAUCAAGUGUUUGAAAAUACUUGCUUUGUAAUAUUCAUGUAAUGUGAAAAAAUAGCAUUUUACUGCGAGUAGGCUGAAAUGUAUUAAUUGAAUUGAAAAUGUAACAUAUAGUAUUGCAUACAUGUUUGUAAAGUAAAUCCACUUUUACUUGGCUGAUUGCGUACAAUUGUAAGUAACGGUGUAUAUAUGUAAUACAAGUAUGCAAAUAUUUUUGUAAGUUUUCAACGAAAUAAAACACGUUGUAUAAAAUAUAGAAUUUAAAUUGUUGGAGUAACAUAAG